AUGACGGCUGACACUCUCAGCCUUCAUGGCAAGGUUGCCAUUGUCACGGGCUCAGGCCGCGAGAACGGCAUUGGCGCAGGCAUCGCCGUCGCCCUUGCACGUAACGGGGCUUCAGUUGUUGUGAACUACGUGUCAGAAACUUCCAAGAAGAGAGCUGCCAACGUGGCCGAGUCGCUGCGCAAAGCCGGCGGUCAGGCCAUCGUCGUGCAGGCUGCUGUGGACACGCUCGACGGAGCCCGUGAGCUGGUCAGACAAACUCUUGACGGAUUUAAGACUGAUCACAUUGAUAUUCUCGUGAACAACGCUGCCACCGCAUUCUUCUGUCCCAUCGCAGAGGAGCCCAACGUCGACCAGCUAGCCAAAGUCUUGAACACCAACAUACUUGGUCCAUUCUACAUGGUCCAUGCUGUCGUGCCUCAUAUGCCUCGCGGCGGCCGCAUCAUCAACAUCAGCUCCACAAACUCCAAGAGAGGCAAUGCCAAGAUCUCGAGUUAUGCGGCGUCCAAGGCAGCGCUUGAUAGUCUGACUUGGAGUUGGGCCGAGGAGCUUGGUAGGAGCCGAGGCAUCACGGUCAACUCGGUGGCGCCGGGUCCGGUCAAGACCGACAUCUACCCCGAAGGCCACGAGGCGGAGAUGAUGGAGUCCGAGGUCUCCAUCACACGUGCCGCUCGCCGGCCCGGUACAAUAGAAGAUAUCGGAGAUGCAGUGCUGUUGCUGGUCAACGAGAAGUCGAGAUGGAUUACCGGACAGUACAUCAGUGUGAGCGGAGGAGUGGCCUACUGA